CCAAUCAGGAAGCGGGGGUGCGGGUGGGGCACCGCCGAAACUGCUCUGAGAGGGAGGCUCCUUCCUUUCCUGCACUUCACCGGGAAGACGUCCCGGGUGCUUCCAAAGAAAGGCUAAUGGUCUCUGCUACAAUUUGCGCCUCAAGUAUCCUGGGGCUUCAGAUACCCGCGGCCAGGCUUGAACUUGGACCCACCGGCACCCCGUUCUGAGUGUGAGGGACUAGGAGAGGUCGGAGAUCAUCGAGCUCAAACCCUCUCCACCCAGACGUCACUAGAAAAUUCUGGUGUCCAGGGGGUGCCCCUUUGUUGAUCUGUCCGCACCCUGCUUGAGAAAGCGGGGCAGAUCUCAACCUGGGGUCCCCCGGGCUCGUAAGCGCCCGAAGUCUUUUGGCGUGGGCAGUUCUUCUUGCCGUCUAACCUCGGGCGCCAAUGUCUUACCUGCUAAACGGACCAAGUGGGCUUUGCCCAGAGGGACUGGCGGCGGAGGACAGCGGGCGGGAAGACACUGCUGGGAGCAUUGGGGGCGGGACGCCGGGGCUGACGGGGCUGCUCGGCCUGGGGCACCGCCCCUGCGCUUCGCGCACACCCGGAAGCGUCCUAGUCCAGUGGAGCCAGGCCGGCGUGGGAAUCCCGGCUGGGCCAAGGCCGCCAGGAGGCAAGAUGGCGACUGGGCCAAAUGGGCUCGACGAGUGGGUGGGCAGCGCAUACCUGUUUGUGGAGUGCUCGCUGGACAAGGUGGUCCUAUCUGAUGCCUACGCUCACGCCCAGCAGAAGGUGCCAGUGUACAGGGCUCUGCGGACAGCAUUGACAGAGAGUGGCGGGAGCCCGGACGUGCUGCAGAUCCUCAAGAUCCACCGCAGUGAGCCGCAGCUGAUUGUGCAGGUGCGUUUCUGCGGGCGCCAGCCCUGCAGCCGCUUCCUCCGCGCUUACCGCGAGGGGUCGCUGCGCGCCGCGCUGCAAGGGUGCUUGGCGGCGGCUCUCGCCCUGCCCUCGGUGCCGCUGCAACUGGAGCUGCGCGCAAGCGCGGAGCGGCUGGAUACCUUGCUGACGGAUGAGGAGCGCUGUUUGAGUUGCAUCUUCGCGCAGAAGCCUGACCGGCUCCGGGAUGAGGAACUCUCUGAGUUGGAGGACGCGCUCCGGAAUCUGACAUGCGCUUCGGGGAGCCAGGGUGGCGACACGGAGGUUGUUCCAGCGCCCUCGCAGUCCCUGGCCACCUCUCUCUCAAAGGAGAAGCCACCACCCCCGCCACCUGGCCAGACUUUUUUGUUCCAGGGUCAGCCCAUAGUGAACCGGCCGCUGAGCUUGCAGGACCAGCAGACGUUUGCCCGCUCAGUGGGUCUCAAAUGGCGCAAAGUGGGGCGCUCCCUGCAGCGAGGCUGUCGUGCUCUGCGGGACCCGGCACUUGACUCAUUGGCCUAUGAGUAUGAGCGUGAAGGGCUGUAUGAGCAGGCCUUCCAGCUGCUGCGGCGCUUCGUGCAGGCCGAGGGCCGCCGCGCCACGCUGCAGCGCCUGGUAGAGGCCCUUGAGGAGAAUGAGCUCACCAGCCUGGCAGAGGACUUGCUGGGCCUCACGAAUCCCGAUGGCAGCCUGGCCUAACCUGGGUACCAGAAAAAGGGGUGAUCAGCCACUUGCCCAGCAGGGUUUGGAGCACCCAGAUGACCCUAGGGUCCCUUCUGCUGCUAUUGCUGAGCUCCUGUCCAUCCACGGGCCUCUGAGACCAUGCUUACAACCCCACUUAGCCCAGCUGUUGGAGCUGCUGGGCAGUGUUGACUGCCUUCUCCAGGAGUUGGGCAAGCACCCACCAUUCCUGUUGGGGUGCCAUUGGGAAUUUGGCCCCAGAUACUGUGAUAUCGACAGAGUGCAGGGGUGACCUGCUCCAGCGGUUUGCCCACCCCAAAUGAGGGACUUCUGGCCAGCCCUUACCUCUUCACUCAUUGAACAGCUAACUACUCAUUAAGCCCUUGCUGUGUCCUAGCCAUCAUCCUGGGUGCUGCAAAUACUGUGGUGAACAAGAUACACGAAACCUGCCUGCCCCCAGUUCAUACUCAGUGUCGGACUGCAAAUUUUAAGCAACAGUAAUAAAAUAUUACCUGUUUUCUUUUAGGUGAAAAAUA